AUGGCAAUUGACGGGAGCUUUAAUCUUCACUCUGAGCUGGAGAGGUUUCUUUCUCGAUGUCCAAGGAUUGCUGUUAUUCCCGAAUUCGAGUAUUUAGUAAAGAAGGGAGACAAUGUGACAGAAGAAGAGGUGGUGAAAGCAGUUGGGGAACUAUUUCUGCAUCCAAAUUAUACAAUUCCUUUAGUGGGAUGUUUUCGUCCAGUUGUGGUCAAGAUUGUGGAAAGGGCUGUGGGUUUGCUUCGAUUAGUUCCUGACUUGAGUUCUAACUCAGAUGAUUCUAUGGUGGAGUUUGACGAGGAUAAGUUCCUUAGAGAAGACAAAGAUUUAGAUAAUGCUGAAGUUAUGCAUGUUGUUGAUGUUUAUGUUAGAACUGGGAAGGGCUUGAGUCUUCAUGAGAUUUCCUGUCUAGCCUUUUGCCGCGCUUUAGAAUUGGUCCCUUUCCUAUUGCGGCCUGUGUUGGACUAUUUUAAGUUUGCACCUCCUCCCUUCGAAAGGAUAAAGUUGACAGAAUAUUCUCAUCGGGAAUUGUUGAUAGUAGGUAGUCGGCUUCUGAAAGUUGUACGUACAUCGUACCGCUUCCUUUUAGCAGAGCCAGGAGUCUUUACUACACUAUGGAACUGGUCCAGUUUCAUGGACUUUGUCCAACUACUGGCCAACAGUGACCUGUUUGAGGGUGAUGAGGUGCUUAAAAGGAAUAUUCUGGACAUCAGAUGGUGUGGUAUACAAAUACUAUCUUGGGUUAUGAAGUUACAUGAUCGGGCUGCUUCAAAAUUUAACCUUGGCCCUGAAGAAGCCUUUUUGUGCUAUUUACGGUGGCUAGAAUCUUGCCAAGAUAUUUCAUUAGAGAGAGCAAGCUGGUUUAUUGAUGUUCGUGCGGCGAAUGUGGAGAAACUUGGUUCUGAUAUGAGUAAUGUUAGCUGUAGUUUGUCCGAACUAAAUUCAGAAUUUCAUGAUAUUUUAGCAUCAAACUGGAAGAUUAGUCCAUGGACUGGGAGAAAUGGAAUGCCUUUUAUCUUGACUGCAUCAUUAAAGAAAAGUUUUGAGAUGGUAUACCUAGCAGUGAAUCAGAAGUGGCCUGUUCUUCUACACGGUCCCGCUGGUUCUGGAAAAACUGCAUUGAUUAAUAUGUUGGCUCAACAUAGGUCGAGUCAAGUAUUGUCUAUCCACAUGGAUGAGCACAUUGAUGGAAAGACGCUACUUGGAAGCUACGUUUGUACUGAGCAACCUGGUGAAUUCAGAUGGCAACCCGGUUCUCUAACACAGGCUGUAUUGAAGGGUUACUGGGUGAUUUUUGAGGAUGUUGAUAAAGCCCCACCUGAUGUUCAAUCGAUUUUAUUGCCUUUAUUGGAGGGUGCAAGUUCAUUUUCCUCAGGUUUUGGGGAGGCAGUAAGGGUUCAUCAAGAUUUCCGAUUAUUCUCCACAGUGACCAGCGAAAAGAUUGAUGCAUCACUUAUAACUGAAGGUAAGAAUUUCCUGUCUGGUCUUUGGCGAAGGGUAAUGGUUGUUGCUCCUGGACAUGGGGACUUGCUGGAUAUUGUUCACGCACGGUAUCCCGAAUUGUUUCCUCUGGCUGGAAGCCUCAUAGAAACCCUAAAACGGAUGAAUCAGUUGGCAGGAUUGCAAUUUAGAUCUGCUUUCCCUGCUUGUCAUGGCAGGUUCUCAUUAAGAGAUCUAAUGAAAUGGUGCAGGAGAAUUGCUGGUUUAAGUUUAGCCUUUACUGCAGAUAAGCUGUCAUCUAUGGCUUGUGAAAGUAUUUACAAAGAGGCAGUAGACAUUUUUGCUGCCUUUUCAACGACAGCUGAAAAGCGGUUGGCUCUGAUGCAAGAGAUUGCAAGAUUAUGGGGAGUUCCCAAAGUGGAGACAUUAUUACCAGUCAACAAACCUGUGAUUCAAGACUUGCAGGCUGAUUUACUUAUUGGCCGAAUUACGCUCACCCGCAUCAAUAUGGCAGUGGGUCAUAGUAAGAAGCGUUUUGUGGAGAUUAGCAGUUCGGUUCACGCCCUUGAGAGAAUAGCUUGCUCUGUGAAGUUUAAUGAGCCUGUUCUUUUAGUCGGUGAAACCGGUGCUGGGAAAACCACACUUGUGCAAAGUCUAGCCGCUCGAGUUGGCCAGAAACUCACUGUUUUGAAUUUGAGCCAGCAAAGUGACGUUGCUGAUUUGUUAGGGGGUUUCCAACCCAAUGAUGUUCAAUCGGUUCUGAUUCCUCUCUAUAAAGAGUUUGAAAAUCUCUUCAUUACAACAUUUUCAUCAAGGGAUAACAGAAACUUUCUGGAUCGUUUGCAAAUAUUUGUAACCAGGAAGGACUGGAAGAUGUUGGUUAGUGGGUUUGAAAAAUGUGUUCAAAAGGUUCUGGAACUUCAAAGAGGUGGUUCUGGUAAGAAACGUAAGAGACCUUUAAGUGACAAGAUACUGAAACAGUGGGAUAGUUUCUCUUCAAAACUUAGAAGAGCACAUGCUCAAGUUAACGAUUCAGGUGGAAUGAUCUUUUCAUUUGUGGAAGGAGCUUUUGUUACUGCACUUAGAAAUGGUGAGUGGAUAUUGCUGGAUGAAGUGAAUUUAGCUCCUCCGGAGAUCUUGCAGCGAGUUAUUGGUGUUCUCGAGGAAGAAAAGGGGUCAUUGUGUUUGGCCGAAAGGGGUGAUAUAGAGUAUAUAUCUAGACAUCCAGAUUUCCGAAUAUUUGCCUGCAUGAAUCCAGCAACUGAUGCAGGAAAGAGGGAGUUGCCUUUGUCAUUGAGGGGCAGAUUCACAGAAUAUUUUGUUGAUGAUGUGUUGGAUGAUGAAGAUCUUGUUUUGUUUGUUAAGCAGCAUUUGGAUGAUGCUGUUUUAAUUGGUGGUUUGGUUCAGAAGAUAGUGCGCUUUUAUAAAGCAGCAAAGAAGGAAUCUGAAGAAAGGCUGCAGGAUGGGGCCAACCAAAAGCCACAAUACAGUUUGAGGUCUCUUUACCGUGCACUAGAAUAUACCGUGAAAGCAAGAAAGAAAUUCCCUUUCCAAAAAGCUUUAUAUGAUGGUUUUUGCAUGUUUUUCCUGACCUCAUUAGAUGAACAUAGUGCAAAGUUGAUGCAGAAAAUGAUAAGUUCAUAUUUAUUAGAUGGACAAGAGCCUCAGCAGCCUGAGUUUGAAGAUUUCUUGAAAGAUUUGUUAGGAGGAGAAAUCCCUUUGGUAGAGAAUCCAUGCUCGGAUAGAUAUGUUCUGACAAAAAGUAUCGAAGAGCAUCUUAGUAAUCUAGCUCGUGCUGUAUUUGUUGGAAGAUAUCCAGUUUUGUUACAAGGACCUACGUCUAGUGGGAAAACCAGCUUAGUAAAGUAUCUUGCAGCAAAUACUGGACACGAGUUUGUACGGAUCAACAACCAUGAGCACACUGAUCUUCAGGAGUAUCUAGGAUCUUACAUCACUAAUUCUGAUGGAAAGCUUGUGUUUAAUGAGGGUCCACUUGUUAAGGCUAUUCGGAAUGGUCAUUGGAUAGUUCUAGAUGAGCUUAAUCUUGCUCCAUCUGAUGUGUUGGAAGCACUUAACAGGUUGCUUGAUGACAAUAGAGAACUUUACAUACCUGAGCUACGUGAAGUAGUUCGUGCGCAUCCAAAUUUUAUGCUUUUUGCCACUCAAAACCCACCUAAUAUCUAUGGUGGGCGUAAAAUGCUGUCACGCGCCUUCCGCAACCGUUUUGUGGAGAUCCAUGUUGAUGAAAUUCCUCGGGAUGAAUUGAUCACCAUACUAGAAAAGAGGUGUGAAGUCCCUCCGAAAUUUGCCAAAAAGAUGGUUAAUGUCAUGAAGGAGUUGCAACUGCGCAGGCAGAGUAGCAAGGUUUUUGCUGGCAAAGAAGGAUAUAUCACUCCGCGUGAUUUGUUUAGAUGGGCCAAUCGCUACAAGGUACUUGGGAGCAGUAUAGAAGAUCUAGCUUGUGAUGGUUAUUACUUACUGGCUGAAAGGCUGCGAGAACAAAGUGAGAGGAGAGUUGUGCAAGAAGUUCUGGAGAGAAACUUUGGCUGCCGACUUGUUGAGGAUGAGAUGUACAAGCUGGAUGUACAAGGCGCAGAAAAGAUCACAUGGACUCAAAGCAUGAGCAGAUUGUACUUUUUGGUGGACCGUUGCUACAAGUUACGGGAGCCUGUUCUCCUCGUUGGUGAAACGGGUGGUGGAAAGACGACUGUUUGUCAAUUGCUCAGUGCAAAUUUGCGUUCCAAGUUGCACAUUUUGAAUUGCCACCAGUAUACUGAAACUUCUGAUUUUAUUGGGGGUUUCUUCCCUAUACGUGAGAGGUCAGCAAUUAUAUCCGAAUUCAAGGAAGUUUGUAAUAAGUUGAAGCCCAAAGCUGAUGAAUUUUUUAUUUCUUCGGAUAUUAAUCACGCUUCUCGGACUCUUGAGAAAUUGUCCGACAUUAUCAAAGGUGGCAGACAGGGUCAGGUGUUUCACCCUGAUGUUUCCAUAGAAGAGAUUUAUAAAGAGUUAAAGAAACUUCAUAAUAAGUGGCAGAGCAUUUUUGUAUGGCAAGAUGGACCUCUGAUUGAAGCGUUGAGGAAGGGUGACUUUUUCCUUGUGGAUGAAAUUUCUUUGGCUGAUGAUAGCGUGCUUGAAAGAUUGAACAGUGUUUUGGAGCCAGAAAGACAGUUGUCAUUGGCUGAGAAAGGGGGUUCUGAUCUGGAGACCAUUACCGCUGACUUAAACUUCUUCAUUCUCGCAACAAUGAAUCCGGGUGGUGACUACGGUAAAAAAGAAUUAUCACCUGCCCUUCGCAACCGCUUUACUGAGAUAUGGGUUCCUUCUGUCAGUGACUUAAAUGAGCUUAAAUGUAUUGGUCUUCACAAAACCUCAAGUGCAAAACCUGAACUGAUUGUGGAAGGCAUGCUUGAUUUUUGGAAGGGGUUCAAUCGUCUGGAGACUGGGAGAAUGCUCACUGUCAGAGAUUUUUUGUCCUGGAUAUCUUUUGUGAAUCUGACUGAGGGAUUUUUAGAACCCGAACAUGCAUUCUUACAUGGGGCAUUUCUGGUUUUGCUUGAUGGAUUAAACUUAGGUACAAAUUUGUCAAAAGUUGAUGCAGCGAAGUUACGGAAGAAAUGCCUUCAACAGUUGAUUGCGUUUCUCGUUGAUCAUCAGGAAGAUGCUUCUAUGGAUUCCAACAGCUGUUUGAACUAUUCAACAGUCUCAAAUCUGGAGUAUUAUGGUUGGUCUGAUCCCGAUGUACCUGCGUAUGCGUUGGGCUUGGAUGAUCAUAGUAUGCAAUGUGACAAUAUGUUUGGCAUUCAUCCUUUCUACAUUUUGAAAGGUGAUGACACAUGUGAUGAGAGAGGAUAUGAAUUCUUUGCUCCAACUACUCGGAGAAAUGCAUUAAGGGUGCUUCGUGCUAUGCAACUUGCAAAGCCUGUACUGUUAGAAGGCAGUCCCGGUGUUGGGAAGACUAGCUUAAUUGUUGCGAUUGGCAAGUUUUCUGGGCACAAGGUUGUACGAAUAAACUUGUCUGAACAGACAGACAUCAUGGAUCUACUUGGGUCAGACUUGCCAGUGGAAAGUGAUGAAGGAUUGCAAUUCGCAUGGUCUGAUGGUAUUCUGCUGCAGGCCUUAAAAUCAGGAUCAUGGGUCCUUUUGGAUGAGUUGAAUCUUGCACCUCAAUCUGUGUUGGAGGGCCUUAACUCUAUUUUGGACCAUCGGGCCGAAGUCUUCAUUCCUGAACUGGGUCGCACUUUCAAAUGCCCCGAAUCAUUUAGAAUUUUUGCUUGUCAAAAUCCUUCUCAUCAGGGUGGAGGACGGAAAGGUCUCCCAAAAUCAUUUCUCAACCGCUUCACUAAGGUUUACGUUGAUGAGCUGUCCGAGGAUGACUACAUGUCCAUUUGUAGAUCACUAUACCCGUCAAUAUCCCAUCUUAUUCUUGAGAAGCUAAUAUUGUUCAAUAAACGGCUCCAUGAUGAGACUAUGCUUUAUCAUAACUUCGCCCAAGAUGGUUCCCCAUGGGAGUUUAACUUGCGAGAUGUUGUUCGUUCAUGUGAAAUGAUACAAGGCGCACAUGAGAAGUCAAAGGCUGAUUGCUUCUUGAACACGGUUUACGUGCAAAGAAUGCGCACGCCAGCUGAUAGAUUAGAAGUUAUGAAGUUGUAUGAACAAGUUUUUGGGCUCAAACCAUAUAUAAAUCCAUCUCCACGAAUACAGAUCAAUCCCGAAUAUUUAGUAAUUGGGAAUGCAUCAAUCAAACGGAAUCCUUAUCAGGCUGGUAGCUUUUCUUGUAAUCAGCUGCAAAUUAUGCCUGGAUUGCUUAAUAGUCUAGAAGCUGUAGCUAAUUGUCUAAGGCAUCAGUGGUUAUGCAUAUUAGUUGGUUCACCUUCUUCCGGUAAAACUUCGUCGGUAAGAUUAUUGGCACAGCUCACUGGUAAUGUGCUUCAUGAAGUAAAUAUUUCGCCUUCCACUGAUACAUCUGAACUGCUGGGAUGCUUCGAACAACAUAAUGCCUUUCGAAGUUUUCGGCUUGUUACUGGUCAAGUUGAACAAUAUUUGAAUGAGUACUUCAGCCAACAAUUAGAGUCUUCUGUGGAUGGGUUUAUGAACAAAAAGGAUAUCUUGAGUAAAUGGCUUGGCUUCUUAUCAUCCAUCGACAUUGAAUCUACGAAAAGUUCAGCAUUUACAAAUGUUGAGGGUUGGAGAACUAAAUGCAUUGAAUCUGUUCCGUUGCUGAUAGAGAUAAUUGAAAUUUUGAGGUUCAAUCAUGAGAAAAACUUAAGCUCUGUAUCUUGGUCAAUCAGAGACCUUGAUAGAAAUCUCAUGACAGUUAAAAAAUUUCAAGAAAGCUUGUCAAGAGGGCAAUAUUCGGCCAAAUUUGAAUGGAUAGCUGGAGUCCUUAUUAAGGCUAUAGAGAAUGGAGAGUGGAUUAUUCUUGAAAAUGCAAAUCUUUGCAACCCGACGGUUCUUGACAGAAUUAACUCUUUGGUUGAGCAUUCUGGAUCUAUUACCAUAAAUGAGUGCGGAAAAGUUGAUGGACAGCCACUGGUUCUUCAUCCUCAUCCUCAAUUUCGAAUGUUCCUUACUGUCAAUCCGAGCUUCGGUGAGGUUUCCCGAGCAAUGCGGAAUAGAGGGGUCGAAGUUUAUCUGAUGCAUCACUCGUGGUUGCCUGGUGAGAAAUGUGACGGCAAAUUUGAGGAGACUGAACUCAGAGAUGCAAUGAAAUUUGUUGUUCUUUCUGGUAUCCCAUUUGGUCGGCUGGUUGACAUGAUGGCUAAAGCCCAUGUCUAUGCUAAGAAUGAGGGUGUAAAGCUCGGUGCUCGCAUUACAUUCCUUGACCUUGCACAUUGGGUGCAAUUAUUCAAGCAGCUUAUUACAAGUGGCAAUCAACUUAUUUGGAGUCUCCACAUUAGUUGGGAACACACAUAUUUUUCUUCUUUAGGUGAGGAUAAAGGAAGAGGUGUCGUUGCUCAAGCAAUCAACUCUUAUUUAUCCGCUGACGAGGUCUCCAGGAUUGAUAAAUUUCAGGAUUCAUUGAUAAGCUUGCCUGGUGGGUGGCCAACACCAUUGAGUACAAGAGAUAUGGCUCUUUAUUCUCGGGAGACUUGUGUGAGACAAAAUUGCAUGUACCUUAAAUUCCUUGGGAUUCAGUGCGCAUCUUAUGCUUGUUCAAAAGAAAAUGAUCCGGCUGCUUGUGGUUCUCCAACAACUGACAUUAUGAAUGUAAGACAAUUAUAUCAAAAGAUCUUUCCCACGGCAGCUUCAAGGGACAUGGUGGCAAGCUAUGGUGUGCAGGAACAAUUCAAUUUGGACUUGGUGAACAAAAUGCUGUUUGCUGCUGCUAAUUGGACAAUAGAGCAGGCAGUGGAAUGUGACAUUGAGCUUUACCUUUGCUGGUUCAGCUGGUUUGGAUCUCUUAUUAAGCCCUUUUGCCCCUUUUUUAGUUCUUAUGUGGAUAUGUUGAAGGAGGAAAUGAAGCAUCCUGUUUGGGCCCAAGUUUCCCUUUGUCGUGGUAGGUUACUUUCACAUCAUUCGAUUCACUUGGAUGCCUUUCCUAUACCUAUUCUUUCGAUGGAUUUGGUCGGUCUAUCUGCUUAUAAUGUGGAGCUGAAAUCUGAUGCUGAACAUCUGAGGAACUCAAUUAAGUUGGUCGGAUUAGUCAGACGUAGCUACCAGCAAUGGAGGUUAGAAAAGCUACAUGUAUAUGGUGGGGAAACUAAACAGUUCGAACUCCCUUUGAAAGCUUUGCUAGCAGUUGAGGUGGCAGUCCUUAAGUUACUUGUGGAGUCUCCUGAUUUUGAUGUUCUUUUCCGCUUGUACGAUAGCUUACUUGAAAAUCAUCGUCAGCUUUGGAGUGGUGUUUUGUCUUCUCAUUCUGAAUUAAUUUUGGUUUCUUGGUGGUCUUUGUUAAAAAGCAUUUCCAGAAUUCGUGACUUUUGCCCCGAAAAUGUGGAUCGUUUUCUGGAGGUGAGGAAAAGUAUGGAUCAUGUGUAUUCUCAUCCUUUAACUUCUCGGAAGUCAUUGCUGUGGAUUCAUGGUGGUCAUCCAUUCAUGCCAUCAUCUUGUGAUUUUUAUCAGAAGCAACGCCAACUUAUUGACCUCUGUGAGAUGGUUUGGCCCAGCAGGAUGCAGUUUCUGGAGUAUUCUGAUGGUGAUGUGCCUGUUGAAUUGGUUUUAUCAUCCAAUUCGAAACUUCGCUUAAGUGCCAUGCAAUGUAUUUCAAUGUCUGCCUGUUUUGGUGAUAAACCUGAAGAAGAUGAUUCUUGGAUCAUUCAGCAAUUAGAAGAAUUGUAUCAGAAGCUCAGGCUGGAGUUUGAGAGGGCCAAGUUGGCGAUGCAUGAUUCUAGUGGUUGUAAGCAAACAGUUUGGGUUGGUGACUCAUCUGUCUGUUGUAGUUUCCCUCCUGAUUUAUUAUGCAGAAUGUCUGGUUUUCAUAGUUGGCAAGACGAAUCACCUAUACGUGAUAACACGAGUUUUUCCAAAGACAUGAUUUUACUUCACGAGCUAUGCAGGAUUUGUUUAUUUGAUGAUGUAAAAGCACAACAUUUGGUGUUGUCUAAUUUGACGGGGGCUAUGGAAUCGGCGUUGAAGUUUGCAUUGGACUUCUCAUCGAGGCCUCCUAUGGAUCUCGUACCUCACCAAAAAAUCUUAUGGGCUGUGGAUUCAUGGUCGUCCACCCCUGCAGUGAGUUCUAAACUUGCCAGUUAUGUGCUUGAGAUGUGGUUCAGGUGGCACAGGUUUUUGUGGGCCCAGUGUCCUGUUCCUUCCGAUGAUUUACACAGGCAUUAUGCUGAUGGUGUUUUGCUGCCUCAUAGACUUUUUCGGUCGAUACAAACUGAGACUGUUGAUCAGAUGCUUCAGAAUUCGUGCUCUAUUGGAGAUUUUUCUUUGCAAAGCCUGAAAUUUAGAGUAGCUUCACGUGAUCUUUGGGGAGGCGGUCCCAGAAUGGACAACAUAAAAAUGUUCCUUCUAUCUGCUGCUCGGUCCCUCUUCCAGAAGAUUAUAUUUUCUCAUAGGAAGUCAUUUAGUGCAGAUACUUAUGAUCUAAUCAAGUCUGUCUUUCGUUCUUCUUUGGAAAACCCCAUUACUAGGGAUGAUAUCAAGGUCCUGGUUUCUGCUAUUGCUUCGUCGAAUCAUGAUGAUUUCACUUCCUUGCUUGAUCAGCUGAUCCAGCCAGUGCUCACUGGACUUUACAUUGAUUGUGGACCAGAAAAUUUGGUCUUUACAAUUGGAAGUGUGUGGCUAAGGAUUGGAUGUUUACGCUAUCAUCUUUUAACCCUUGGCAAUGAUCUGGAUCCUGCUGUAAAAUAUUCCAUGAAGUAUUCACAGUUGAUGGAAAGAAUAGCUUUAAUUGAGCUUGAAAUCAGUGUGCGAAAGGAAUGCAACCUUUUGGCAGGAUGCUUCCAGUUGAGUGAAGCCGAUGAUGAUCGGACAAAGUUGUUGUCCGAACUUCGGGCUCAGCAGUUAAAAAAGCAAAGGCAGAUUGUGUUUCGUGCUGAUUCUGGAAAUUACAAGAAGUUGAAACAUGAGCUUGAUGUUUUCCGUGAACAUGUUACGGCUUUUAUCGGUUGGAUAAAUUAUGUUGAUAGCAUGUCAGUCGAGCAGAUGAUAGAACUAGUACGGAAUUGGCAGGAGAUGGCUAAAAGCUUCAUGUCUCGCUUGUUAACCAAGUAUUCAGCAUAUGUUGAUGUAAUUGAACCAGUUCUGGUUGCAAUAUAUGAGAUCAAGUUAGGCUUAUCACUUGUUCUCUCAAGUGCAAUGGAUAAAAAGGUUCUCAAAAGACUAGAACUGCGAAAUGGUAUGGACUCUGUUCUUUCUAGUGUUUAUUCUUUUAUGAUGUUUCCAAGAAAGUGUUCAUCUGGCGAGGUAUAUGUUCAAAUUGAGAAUGAUCUAUGUACCUUCAGUUCCUCUCAAGUGCAAUGGCCUUGUUACAUAGAGACAUUGGAUUUGGAGCUUCUCAAACGUCUGAUUACUUUCGCUAGAGAGCCCCAUUUAAGAGUCUUUCACAAGAAUAUUCUACAACGACUGGUUCAUUCCAUUGCCGAGGUUUGCCUUUUUGACAAUGCAUCCUUUAACCUCUUGAGUAAAAUAUUUGACGAGUUUGCAAACUCUUGGAUGCGGAUGAAACUUAAAGUUAAACAGAAAAAAGAUGAUGAUGCUCGACAAUUCAAGUUCAGGCCCCGGGCACUGCGGAUAGAGAACAUCAUUGAUCUUGAUAUUUCAACUCUUGGAAGUUUUGUUUCAGGUGAGAGUUUCCUCGAGUGGAAAGAGUUUGUCACUGGGGAAGAGUUAAAGGAAGAUAUCAAGAAGGAUGAACUUAACGAGUCUUUGGGCGAAGAAGACUGGAAUGCCACGGAGGACUCAAUUCUAAAUGACAUAGUCAAUAUCCAUAACCAAAUCUUCGGAUCACUGGACCUUGUUAAAAAUCUCGGAGUGAUUGGUGUAUCUGAUGAUGACAUAUUGUAUUCCUUCAUUGAUUCUUAUACACUUGGAGUUCAAAUGAUUGAACAUUUGGAGGGUACUCUUAUGCCCGAUAUCGAUGCUAAUCUCAUGCCUGAGCACAUGCUUCGCGUUUGCCUGGAGCAUGAAUCACAGUUCACUACUCAUAAACCAGGUCAUGUGUACAACUUUUACAAGGAUUCGAAUGCCCCUGUUCUGGCUAAAAUGGUGGAGCCAAUUUCGAAACUUAAGCAGCGUGUCCUUGAGCUUUUAGAGGAGUGGGAUGAUCAUCCUGCUAUUCGGAAAUUAUUGGAUGCUGUUGAUAUGGUCUUGGCUAUACCUUUUAAGACCCCUCUAGCCAAGGUUCUGUCAGGGUUGCAGUUCUUGCUAAACCGGGUUUGGGCUCUGCAAGAAACCGUUGCCAAAUUUCCUCUGGGAGAUCAUUUGGAUCCCAUUGUUGCUUUUGUGCUGUUGUUGCAGAAAUUGGAGUUUGAAUCUGGACUUGCCUUACUCGAUGAAGUCCAAGUCCAGUUUGACGUUAAUGCUGCAAGGCUCUGGUUUCCUCUUUUCUCUGUUCUUCUACAUAGAGAUUCAGCUAACGCCAAUGAGUACACUGAGAAUACAAUCCAGGGUUUGGAUGAGUUUAUACGUAUGUCCAACAUUGGUGAAUAUAAAAGACGUCUACAGCUUUUAAUUGCUUUUUAUGGUCAAAUACGUAGCGGUCUACACCGAGGUUCUUAUACAAGUCAAAGUCAAGAAGAGACUCUGAAGCUUCUGUACAACACAAUUGGCUUCUAUAUCCAGUUUUUGCCGAAGAUUUUGGAGCAUAUUGAAACUAAUAGAAGAAGUAUUGAGAAGGAGUUGAAGGAUCUCAGGAAGUUGUAUCGGUGGGAACAAAAUGUGGAUCGUGUUAGCAUAGAGAACUCAAGAAGGGCACGGAAGAAGUUGAGGAUAACAGUAGAAAAAUAUACUGAUCUACUGAAGCAACCUGUUGCCACCUUUCUUGCACAAGAAGUUACAAGAAAUAGUGUCAGUCAGUCCAUGCAAAACCCAUUGGACUUGGCUGAUUCUUUUGAGAGUGAUAGGAAACUUCUUCAACUUAUCUACCAUCAAACUACUGUCCGGGAUGAGCUCAGCCUGAAGAGAAUGAAUCUGGCUGCUCAAUCCUGGCAUCUCAUUGAUCAAUUAGGGGUCAACUCAGCUGAUGUUACUUUCAAGGAUGUAGAAGGAGAGGUUAUGAGAUUCAUAAAGGAUGGUGUACCUCCCAAAUUCAUGCUGAACGAAGGGAUGAAAAUCUGGGACACGGUUGGGAGAGUCUGCAAAACUGUUAUUGAUUGUUGUGAUAUUUGGGGAGAUGAGCACAAGCCUUCACAAAAAAGGCGGGUUUUCACAGAUCUUCUUAAACUUUUAGAAAGCUGUGGAUUAUCGAAGCAUAAGUCAAUUCCUGAGGAGCUUGGUACCAGCAAGUCCCGAUUUUGGCUUCUUCAGCCAUCCUAUGAUCUGGAGCAUCUUCUCCCGCUAGUUAGUGCUUGCAGUGGAGAUAUGCAGAUGGCAGGGAGCAACUUGAAGAGUUCAUCUUCUGAAAGUUUGGAUAGUGAAUGGAGAAAUGCUAACAGUUUCUACUUCAAAGGCAUUGCAUCUGUGCAAGUAAUGCAGCAAAUUUGCCUUCAUUUUAAUAAAGAUUUUACUCUUCAGCAGGUCAGAAGGUCUAGUUCAUUUGUUGAACAUCUCAUAGAAAUUCUGCAAGAUCAACGUGCUGCUGCUUAUGGGUUUGCUUAUCAGCUUAAGUGUUUGAGGGAUUGUGUUUGGCCUUUAGCAAAUUUUUUCUCAGAUACUUGUCCUGGUCCUGUUGGCGUCCAUUGGUCAUUCACCCAAAACCAAUAUGCAACUUUUAGAUGCAUGUGGGAUCAGAAGCAUCUUCUUGAUAAUUUAUCUACCAUGAUGCGUCAAGUGCAUUUAUUGCUGCAAAAGAUCGAGAAUAGUCACCUGCAUUCCUGUCCAAGUAUCAAAGCAAAUGUGAUGCAGAUUUUGAACUUCGUUGAAAACUUUGGUCCAAGGGUUCAGACCUUUAAGGAUUUACUGGAUCUUCAUCUUCUUGGCAAGAAUAGAGUUAUUCUUGAUGUGGGAGCAAUGCUGCCUCCACAAGGAGUUACAAAAAAAAUGGAACAGUUGGUAAACGAUAUUUUUGACCUUAUAAAGAUACUCGAGAACAAUCUCAGUUCUUUAAGCAGGCAAAGCCAAGGAGCAGAAGUAGUUACAUUUGUGAUACUUGGGCACUUUACGGAUCUUUUUAAAAAGGCCACCACAGUAAUGAGCCGGUACCAUAAUGAAGUGAGAAAUCAAUCUCAAAAUGUCGCAAAAGAUGCCAGUCUCUAUGAAGUUGAUUUUCAUGAUGCGCUCAAGGAAAUAUAUAAAACUAUCUUGGCUGCAUUUCGCGGGAUGUUUUUGGAUAAGAAUAAACCUACUGUAGAUAAGGAGUCCUUCGGACAUAUUGGUGAAUGGAAAAGCUUCUUUGAAUUUGAUACGCAGAGUUUGAAGUUAGAGAUUAUCCGUAGUGGAUUGAUGAAGUUGAUUACUGUUUCUGUAGAGCUACUCAAUCGUUGCAUGACGACGAACCCCAAAUUAUGUUCUGUUGUUUGGUCUCAUUUGAGGCGUGUGUAUUCAGUGCUAAAUAUGAUCUUGGCUUUUGGUGACAAUCUUUUGCAAGACUUCCUCGUUAUGCAUCGGAUGGUGUCAGCCGUAGCUCAUGCGCUUGCGGAAGUCCUUUCCUCAUUAUUUGCGAAAGGAUUUGGUAUUCCAGAGGAUCAGAUAAAUGAUUCUGAAACAAUACAAGAUGCUAGUGGAACAGGUAUGGGUGAGGGUAAAGGCCUGAAUGAUGUCAGUGAUCAGAUUGAAAAUGAAGAUCAACUCCUUGGGACUUCGGAAAAGCCUAACAAGGAGGAGGACAGUUUGAGCAGUGCUCCGAGUAAAAAUGAGAAAGGAAUAGAGAUGGAACAUGAUAUUGAUGCUGCUGAUUGCCAUAGUGUUAGUGAGGAAUCUGAAGAUGAGAAUGAUGAUUCCGGUGGAGAUGAGCAAGUGGAACGUGCCAUGGGGAAAACCGGUGCUUCUGGUGAAAUUGCUAAAGAGAAACCCUUUGAUAGUAAUGAUGAUGAGAAUCCAUCUGACAUGGAUGAGACAGACGAGUCCGGGCAAGUUCUCAAAGACAAAAAAAUUCUUGAAAAGGAGCUUCGAGCAAAGAAUGAUUCUGCAUCUGUGGCCGAAGCUGAGGAUGUUCCAGAGGAAUUUGACCAGCAAGAUGAAGGGAAUGAAGAUGGAGCUGGUCGUGAUGAAAUGGAAGAUGCAACUUUGGAUGAAAAAGAAGAUUCAGUCUCAGACCUUGGUGGUUUAAACCUUAAUGAGCCACCUCAAGGUUUUGUUGAAGAAGAUACAAAUGUCGAUGACGCAAAUGGUACUGAACCCAUUGAAAGCCAGGAAAAUGAGGAUCUUGACGAGUCUGCUGACAUUCAGAAGUGUGAGGAAGGGACUGAUGAUGGGAUGGAUGAAAGCGCGGAAGAAGAUGGCAAGGAUAAUCUGGCUGAAAAUUCAAAGUUGACGAACCAAGAAGAUCAUCGUGAAAAAGAUGGAGAAAGGGACCCUAUGGAGCACGAUCAAGCGGAAGAAACCUCACAAUUAAACAGUUCUUAUCCUGUGGAGUAUGAUCGGCCAACAUUUGAACCCUCAAAUCCUUUAGAAUCCGACCAUGGUGCAGUAGAUUUGGGUGAUGUUGCACCAGGAACAAAGUGGUCAAAUAGCAGUAAUCUUCAUGAGGAUUUCGCCCCAAGUAGAGGCUUGCCUGAUUUCUCGCCGGCUGAAUUUCCAGUUACCGGCACAUCCAGUGGAGGAAAACUUGGCAAUAAUCGUUUUGAAGCUCCUAUUCCACCUCAGGAAACAUCAAACCAGAAAAUGAAACCUAAUCCAUUCCGUAGUAUUGGAGAUGCUCUGGACGGUUGGAAAGAACGAGUGAAAGUGUCCACUGAUCUUGAUGAUAAGGAUCCUGGCGGAGAUGAUAUCAACGAUGAGACCGAAAAUGAAUAUGGUUAUACUGCUGAAUUUGAAAAGGGGACAGCUCAGGCACUUGGGCCUGCAACAGAUGACCAGAUUGGAAAAAAUAUUAAAGAAAGGGAUUUGGACAGUGCUGAUGGGACUCAAGAAAUUGAGGAUCAUGCCAUUGAUAUGGAGCUUGAUCAAAACCAAUCAUCAGACCCUACCCACAUUUCUGGUUCCAUUCUGAAUCGUUCCAAUGCUAUGGAAAGCUUGCCAGAAAAUCUAGAGUUAGGGGAGCAACGUGGAACUGAGGAACAAAUGAAAACUCUCAGUAAUUAUGAUGAUUACACAAAGUUGUCAGAGAGUUUGGUGUCUGUGUCAAGAUCUUACUUGAGUGACCACAUGAAUGAAUUUAUUAAACUUUCUUUGAGAGAUGAACUAGGCAAAGCGACUAAACUUGAGGACAUGCCUAGUGAUGUUAGGGAUGAUGCUACUGACCGCUGGAGAAAUACCGAACUUCGGACUACAGGAUUGUCCCAAGAGUUAGCUGAACAGUUACGUCUAGUUAUGGAACCCACUCUAGCCAGCAAGCUCCAGGGUGAUUACAAGACUGGAAAAAGGAUUAACAUGAAGAAGGUGAUUCCUUACAUUGCAAGUCAUUACCGUAAAGAUAAGAUAUGGCUGAGGAGGACACGUCCCAACAAGCGUGAUUACCAAGUGGUCAUUGCUGUGGAUGAUUCACGUAGUAUGGAAGAGAGUCAGUGUGGAAACGUUGCGAUUGAUGCGUUGGUGACUGUUUGCCGUGCAAUGUCUCAGUUGGAGGUUGGCAAGCUUGCUGUUGCAAGCUUUGGGAAGAAGGGCAACAUAAAACUGCUCCAUGAUUUUGAUCAGCCGUUCACUGGGGAAGCUGGUAUUAAGAUGAUCUCAAGCUUGACAUUCAAACAAGAGAAUACAGUAGUUGAUGAGCCUAUGGUUGAUCUAUUGAAAUAUCUAAAUGAUAUGCUGGAUGCCGCAGUAGUUAAUGCACGGCUGCCUUCUGGGCAUAAUCCCCUGCAGCAACUUGUUCUAAUAAUAGCAGAUGGCCGAUUCCAUGAGAAGGAAACACUGAAACGGUAUGUCAGAGAUACCUUGGGCAAAAAGCGAAUGGUUGCGUACCUGAUAGUGGACAGCCCAAAUGAAUCCAUCAUGGACGUGGAGGAAGCAACAUUUCAAGGUGGAGUUGUUCGAAUGUCCAAGUAUCUAGACUCUUUCCCUUUCCCAUACUAUGUGGUCCUGAAGAACAUUGAAGCGCUUCCGAGGACACUGGCCGAGCUACUGAGACAAAAAAAUUCAAGAAUCUUCCAGAUCGCCGAUCCGGCGGGCGGUGGCGGAAUUAGAGGAAUAAUCAUUAUUCAUUUAAAACAAAAUUAG